CAAACAGUACGUACAACUAAAAACAAUGCUAAUGCAUUAGUCAUUUGCUUAAUAUAAACAAAAAAUAAUAAAUACAAAGAAAGUAUAACAAAUGAAACAAAUGAAAUAAUUCACUUUCAUGUAAUAGUGCAGUUGUGGAAAUGUACAUAUACUUUGUGUGACAUCUACAAGGCAAGAGUUGUUUUAGCAGCGCAGAAAAUAUUAAUUAGCAUUAAUUAUAUAAAGUUGAAAUUGUGUGAAAUAAAGUUGAAUUGAAUAAGAUGCGCGCUGCAAUGGCCAGAAGAACACAAGACUAUUCUGUAUCUGUUGAUGAUGCAGAUGAUAACCCUGAAGAUUUGGACAGUCCAGAAGGUAUUGAAACAGCUACACUUGCCAUACAAAAAACAACAAGUGGACGUGAAGAAAAAGAAAUAUGGGAGCGGCCUGUUACUAAUACACCAUACAAACUGCCUAGUGAUGGCUCAACAGUACUGAGAUUUGAAGUACAAUAUGCACGUAUAAUGCCCAUUGAUGGUCAUGAUCUUAAAGUCAAACGUUACGUUGUAUAUGAUUUAUGUGUGCGCCAGGAUUCUUCAGUCAUAGAUCCGAAUCCGGCUACAAUAAAGCGUCGUUACACAGAUUUCCGUAAUUUAUAUAUGAAUUUAAAAAAAGAUUAUCCUAAUGAGAUGUCUACUAUAUAUUUUCCAAACAAAGUAUUGGUUGGUAAUUUUUCGUCUGGUUUAAUUGCUGAGCGUAGCACUGCAUUUGAGGUUUUCCUUACACAUGUCGCCGGCCAUACGAUGUUACGCGAAACGCCUGCAUUUCUACAUUUUCUUCAAGAUAAUGAAUUGACAAAAGCUUGCCAAUACUUAGAUGAGCGACGAAAUGAGAAUGCUGUACCAUUGCUUGAAGAUUGUUUUCGAAUGUUAAAUAAAAUUUUUAUGGAUCGUUCAAGACCAGUACUUUUAAUACUAUGUCGUCUAGUUGCUGCUUGCUGUGCUUCACCUGUGCCACACCAUUCUGCUGAUCGUUGGGCUACGUUAGCGUUGAAUCGUUAUGAUACCUUAUGUGAUAUUGACUUACUGCCACUCUACAUUCCACUUUUACACACUUGUGCGCAUUUAUGGUGGCAACGUGGACGAGACCAAAAACAAAUCACAGAUCGUUUAAGCGAUAUGUCCAAGAAAGGCAUUACUACAAACAACAGUCCUACAUUAAUGCAAGCCAUACAUAAUCUGGAUCCACGUACUGAAACUGUUUAAGAGACAGGAGUAUUUAAUAUGGAACUAAAGAUGCUGAAGUUAUAAUUAAAAGGUGCAUUUUAGAAAAAGAAAAUAAAAACAAAAAUAAAAAAAAAAAAAUGAAUAUAAAAUUCAAAUUUGAGGCUAAUAUUCAAUUAAAAAAUUUGAGAGACUAACUUGCCUAAUACUAGAGUUCAAUUUAUUUAUCUCGUACGUGUUUAUUAUUUUAUUAUUUGUAAUUAUUUAUACUACAAAUAUGUUAGUUAUAAUGCUCUCUUUUAGUAUAAGCAUAUUGAAAACUAUAAAUUAAACCAUUAUAUAUUAUUUUAUAUUAUUUUAAGUAAUUUACAAAUGAU